AUGGAUGACAUGGAAGGGGCAACGAUGGAAAUAGGCCCACAUGAGGCCGAGACAGUGCCAGAAGAAGGAAGUGAUUUCCCGAUCCAGGAUGUCUCGGGGAAUUUGCAGGGCUAUGAGGAAAUGGAAGAAAGAAAAGAAAGCAUGUCUGCAGAGGACAGCCGCUUGAUGGAGGAACAGCUGCCCGCAGCUGCUGCAGAAGAGGAGCAGGAGGCUGGGAAAGCAAUUACGGCAGAGGGGGAAGAGGAACAGGCAAAGGCAGAUGUAUGCCCAUCAAAUGGAGAAGCCGACGACGCAGUGGCCUGCAGCGAAGUGGAACCAACUAGUGCGCAUACGCAGGAUGAGAACAAGGCAUACCUCAGCACAUCUCUCUAUAGUGAACCGCGAUGCUCUGAGGCGGGGCUCGACUUCGUUACCCCUCCCUCCCUAGUCCACAAUAGCUCAUGCAAGUCAGGAGAAGGCUUCCUGAUGGAAGGACAUGGGAUGGAGCAAUCUCGGGGCCUGCAAGAGGCAACAGGGGACGACACAGAUCUUCUAGAGACCACUUCCCCACCUAACAUGGGAGAGAUAGGUUCGGCUAUUAAUACGCAACGAGACAAUGUGAACAGCUCGGCAAGCAAUUCAUCACGAGAGGAGCUAAGCACUGCUCGCUUGCUGCUUAACGAGUUAAGACAAGAAGAGCAGUUAGCUGUUGAGCUAGAGCACGCAGCUGAUGAGGCGUCUACAGCCCUGGAGGAGGCGGAAGCUGCAAAUUCCAAGGUGUUGACUAGAGUAGCAAGCCUACUAACGGCAUCAGUAAAGCCAAUCAGUGGGAGGGAGUACGGCCAGUUCCAGGUCCCAAUGUAUCUGCAACAAGACUGUGACAUUGAAACACAGAUCACCCAGGAAGGAUACGAGGCGGCGCUAUUGCAAGCAGCCAAGCUUGAGGAACAGCUUGAUAUCCUACAAAAAGAUCUGCAGCAGAUAAUGCAAAGAAAGGCUGAACAAGAAAACGCCUGUCAGCACAAAGUGAUCGAGUGCAAGCGCGCAUUCGGGGAGUUUGUGCAGCAAGUAGCAAAAAACUCUUUCAUGCCAAAGGGCGGAAAGAGUGUCUCUGUCAAUCAGGUUGCGAAGUUGUUACAGGAGGAGCAGGAAGGGAUGCAGCGGGUUACCUCUUUGCGGCAGCAGUUGCUGGAGAUCGAAAGCAAGCAAUGGAUGCAGGCUGCUCAGCGCUCCCACAACUGCAGCUGGCAAGAAGAGGACGGCAAAUCUUUUCACAUGAUGGACUUUGAACAACUAAAAGUGGAAAACCAAACCCUCAAUGAGAGACUAGUGGAAAAACAGGAGGAAGCAAAGAAGCUAAUGACCGCAGCUAAAACCGCCUCGCAACUCCUGACACACUGGCGAGAAAAGUUAGCGUUUCAGGAGAAGCGAAAUGCGGCCGCUGCUGCCGAGCUUGCAGAGUUGGACACUCAGCUUGCGAAACAACGAGAACUGUCUGCACAGCUUAAGAGGGAAAGAGCCGAGUACAGGAUGCAGAAUGACCGCAUUAAGUGCCAAACGGAUGUCAUCAACUCUGAACUCCUCUCGGCAGACUGGGAAGCUACACAGGAAAAACUUAGGGAAACAGAUGCAAAGAUAGGUACUCUCCGACGUCGCCAUUCUCACUUGACGGCUUUUGUGGCCAACUCUGUAAAAAGGAGAGAUAGGAGAACCACCAGACUGACACUUCAGGCUUCGAAGCUGUUGACGCGGCACUUAAAAACUCUGGAAAUUCAGGAGGAGACUUGCCCUGAAGUGCCAAAUUCAUUAUUCAGCAGUACAGGGGCUGCAUAA